AAUCAAAAUCAGAAGAACCAGGCCUGGGAAGAGCUGUUCUAGAAGAGACCUUUCUUUGAGAAUCGCUCAAUAAAAAAGCUGCUUUUAAUUUCCAUAAAAGUACGAUUAAAAGUCAAUUAAAAAAACGCAUUACCUGCUUUGUGGCCCAGCUUUUGUUAAAACAAAAUUGAGCAAGAUGAAGAACACCUCAUCACUGGGCAAUACCAGCUCUCACCGUUCUAUCGCAGUGCAAAGAAAACUACGUUUCCCAGAACGCCAAGCACGGUCCACGCUGGCGCACGCCGUCCCUGCGCCCCCUGGUGGCCGAUGCCGAUCAUCGCAAGGAUAUCCCAUUUAUCCGACAAGAGCGGAGAUCAUCCUGUAGCCAAGCUGGGAGACAGCAGAGCCGAGGAAGAGGGGGAGGCGAGAAGCCGCGUUUCGUUAAGAAGGGAGACGGACAGCGUAUAAUCAAUGAAGGUGCAUGCAAAAAUAACAUAGCCAUCGGGUCCAGACGUUGCAGUAUCCAGCUAAUAAAAAGAUCAACGAUUUUUUUGGGGGGUUGCCUUCAUUUUAUUGGCUGUGAGGGAGAAUAGGCUAUUCUUGCAAAGAUGGGUAACCGAGGGAUGGAGGAUUUAAUUCCUCUGGUAAAUCAGCUCCAGGAUGCCUUUUCUGCAAUCGGACAAAAUGCCAACCUGGAUCUGCCCCAGAUCGCCGUGGUCGGCGGGCAAAGUGCGGGCAAAAGCUCGGUUCUGGAGAACUUCGUUGGAAAGGACUUCCUGCCACGAGGAUCUGGGAUCGUCACCCGGCGCCCCCUUGUGCUCCAGCUCAUUAACUGUCCCACAGAAUAUGCCGAGUUCCUGCACUGCAAGGGGAAGAAGUUCACCGACUUCGAUGAGGUGCGACAGGAGAUCGAGUCCGAGACGGACCGAGUCACGGGGAUCAACAAGGGCAUCUCUCCUAUCCCCAUCAACCUGCGGGUCUCUUCUCCUCACGUGUUGAACCUCACCCUGGUGGACUUGCCCGGAAUGACCAAGGUGCCCGUGGGCGACCAGCCCCCUGACAUCGAGCACCAGAUCCGAGAAAUGAUCAUGCAGUUCGUCACCAAGGAGAACUGCCUCCUCCUGGCUGUGUCCCCGGCCAACUCUGACCUCGCCAACUCGGACGCGCUCAAGAUUGCCAAAGAAGUCGACCCACAAGGUCAGCGUACCAUCGGGGUAAUCACCAAACUGGAUCUGAUGGACGAGGGCACGGAUGCCAGGGAUAUCCUAGAGAACAAGCUGCUGCCACUUCGCAGAGGGUACAUUGGGGUGGUUAACCGCAGCCAAAAGGACAUCGAUGGGAAGAAGGAUAUCCAGGCAGCACUGGCAGCCGAGAGGAAGUUCUUCCUCUCUCACCCUGGGUACAGACACAUGGCAGACCGCAUGGGCACCCCUUACUUGCAGAAAGUUCUCAACCAGCAACUGACCAAUCACAUCCGGGACACCUUGCCUGGUCUCCGGAACAAGCUGCAGAGCCAGCUCCUGUCCAUCGAGAAGGAGGUGGAAGAGUACAAGAACUUCCGGCCGGACGACCCGUCUCGCAAAACCAAGGCCCUGCUACAGAUGGUGCAGCAGUUCGCAGUGGACUUCGAGAAGAGGAUCGAGGGAUCCGGGGACCAGAUCGACACGUACGAGCUGUCGGGAGGAGCCAGGAUCAAUCGCAUCUUCCACGAGCGCUUCCCCUUCGAGCUGGUCAAGAUGGAGUUUGAUGAGAAGGAGCUGCGCAGGGAGAUCAGCUAUGCCAUCAAAAACAUCCACGGUAUCAGGACUGGCCUCUUCACUCCGGACAUGGCCUUUGAGACAAUUGUGAAAAGGCAGAUCGCGAAGAUUAAAGAGCCGUGUCAGAAAUGCGUGGAUAUGGUCAUUUCUGAGCUAGUCAGUACCGUUAGGCAGUGUACGAAGAAGCUAGCACAGUACCCUCUCCUGCGAGAGGAGAUGGAGCGCAUCGUCACCACCCACAUUCGGGACCGCGAGAGUCGGACCAAAGAGCAGGUGAUGUUGCUCAUAGACAUUGAGCUAGCCUACAUGAACACGAACCAUGAGGACUUCAUUGGGUUUGCCAAUGCUCAGCAGAGGAGUAACCAAAUGAGUAAGAAAAAGGCUUCUGGGAAUCAGGAUGAGAUCAUGCAGGAUAGAGGAUCCGUAAGUUUCAGAUAUGCGGAGGUGAUCAGGAAGGGCUGGCUCACCAUCAACAACAUUGGCAUCAUGAAAGGAGGAGCCAAGGAGUACUGGUUUGUGCUGACAGCAGAGACACUGUCCUGGUACAAGGAUGAUGAGGAGAAAGAGAAGAAAUACAUGCUACCGGUGGACAACCUGAAGCUGCGAGACGUGGAGAAGGGCUUCAUGUCCAGCAAGCACAUCUUUGCCCUCUUCAACACCGAGCAGAGGAAUGUGUACAAGGACUACAGACAGCUGGAGCUGGCCUGUGAGACCCAGGAGGAAGUGGACAGCUGGAAAGCCUCCUUCCUGCGGGCUGGUGUUUACCCAGAACGCAUUGCGGACAAGGACAAACAAAGCGAGUCGGAAGAGAACGGCUCGGACAGCUUCAUGCACUCCAUGGACCCGCAGCUGGAGAGGCAGGUGGAGACCAUCCGCAACCUGGUGGACUCCUACAUGGCCAUCGUCAACAAGACCAUACGCGACCUCAUGCCCAAGACCAUCAUGCACCUCAUGAUCAACAACACCAAGGAGUUCAUCCACGCCGAAUUGCUGGCCCACCUGUACUCCUGUGGUGACCAGAACACUCUGAUGGAGGAGUCCGCCGAGCAGGCCCAGCACCGCGAUGAGAUGCUGCGCAUGUAUUAUGCCCUGAAGGAGGCGCUCAAGAUCAUUGGUGACAUCAACACCACCACCACCAGCACGCCCAUGCCCCCACCCGUUGACGACUCCUGGCUGCAGGUCACUGGCCAGCUGUCGGGCAGGAGGUCUCCGACGUCCAGCCCCACACCCCAGAGGAGAGCCCCCGCUGUGCCACCGGCUCGGCCUGGGUCCCGGGGCCCCGCCCCGGGCCCCCCCCCAGCCGGGGCGCCCCCGGUGCCCUCCCGUCCCGGCGCAUCCCCGGACCCGUUCGGGGGACCCCCUCCUCAGGUCCCCUCCCGACCCAACCGCGCCCCCCCCGGCGUCCCCAGAAUUACAAUCAGUGACCCAUGAGGACUAACGCUAAUGCCGGAGGGCUCCUGCUUCACCAACCCGACCUGCAGUGUCCCGGACAACAGAGUCCCCCCUCUUAGAUCUCUAACCCAGGGUCCUCAUGCGAUCCUAGGGCUGCAGUAGACCACCGACAUAGCCCUGCGCCUAACUUGAUCUGCUCCAGUAGACCUCCCCCCUGUCCCUUCCCGGAGAACAUGCUACACAACACCCACUCGCACGCGAAAAAAACGGCAAAGAGCUUGUCCCAUUCUCGUCUCGUGUAGUGUAGAUCGUAUACCCGACGUGCUUCUUAUACUAGUCCAGUAUUUGUAUUUCGUAGAAGUAGAGCAGAAUGACUCGUAUCCUCUUAAAGAUGUGCAGUGAAGUCAUUGAAUUACAUCCAGCCUAUAGCUAAGGUAGGGGAAAACUAUUAUAUACAAGAUGCAUCUGCGUUUCAGUUUUUGGUCGAUGCCUCUCUCUCAGCGGGCGAUGGAGGUCUGGUUCGGUCAGCGUAGUGUGUGCUCGGCUGGCCUACGCCUCCAGACUGCUCGACGAAGCGCCAUCAGUGCUGCAUAAACAGCUCUUUGAGUCCUGCCUGGGGCCUGGAAAAACGCCCCCCCCCCCUCCUGUCUCUGUGCCACUCUGCCGUUUCCGUUUUCAGAUGUAGUCCAAAUCCGUGGGCACCGCCCUGUACGUCUUGGUCUUUUUUCCCCCUCUUUCGCCCGUUAUCGCUCACCCCCUCUGGAGAAAAGUAAAUCCUGCACCCCCAAAUUCUGUCAGACGAACGUGAACUUUGGGGACAGCAACCUCCUGCCUGCCUGAACGCUGCUCCACUUCUCCCGAUACGCGCUCUGCUCUUCCCCUCCCUCCUCCCGCCCCACCUCCCUCGGAACUCUGGGAGAGAGCCGCUGUCCUGGUCGACCAACCAGCAGGCAGCACUGCGUUGGGCAGCCAAUGGGGGGAGGGGUGGAUUGGAGCACUUGUUUGCUGGCGCUUACUUCCUAAUUGUGUGACUUCUUUUUUUUUUUCUUUAAUCUUUUUUUGUUUUCUGCAUGUCCUGAAGGUGUUCCAUGAGAUGCAAUAUUCCUCGAGGCUGUAGGAGGGAUAACUGCAUUUUUUUUUUGUUUGUUUCCUGUCUUUUCUGUCCAGCUUGGGCCUGUCCUUAAUUCACAUGCCAGCAAACUGACCCCGGACCACAAAGUCAUCUUGCUUUCCCCUUUUCUGAUUAGCCAGAGGUUAGGACCCGACAGCGCACACUGACCGUGUGACUGCCAGUUGCAAAAGGCAAAGUUUAGUAAACGAUAGUUAAAGCUUAUCCACAAGUCAACAGGUAUUCUGAUUAAAAAACAGACCAGACCUUUUCACAUCAGUUAACAGCCAUCAAUUGCUUGCUCAAGGACUGAGAAGAGUAGAACAUUUAUUUCAGUCGCUGCGAUUUCACAAAUAAAAUCUAGUGGGUUUUACUUUAAGGACCCAAGAGAAAUGCUUACCGAUGGACUGAUCUCACCCGGUGAGAUCUAGCAUUUCUACUCUGUUCUAAACUUCCAGUUACUAUGAUAUUCCAAGCAAUCAGAGAAGAUUUAGAUAAGCUGUUUCUAUUAAAAUUAUAGAAGACAACAAGCCCAAGUAGAAUCUUAAGCAAUCAGAAGUGUUUUCCUUUAGCCUUGUGAGCUUUUAAGAUGCUUGGCUUAAUCUUUGUUCCAUUAUUUUUAAUAAUAAUCAUUAAUAAUCAUUUUCAAUUUCUGUAAACCCCCUUAUGAUGCUCUGAGUUGCUCUGUUUCACAAUUCAUUACCAUCUCUUGCCGAUGCCUUAUCAGAAUGCCAGAUCAGGUUUGGCUUUAGAAAUCUUUGCUGAUGGGUCACCCCUUUAAUAUUUUACAAUUUGUUUUCUGAAUUAUUUGAAGAAAACUUCCGUCAGAACAGUUCAUCGGCACAUGCGCCAAAGCUUUUGUAUAACUGUGCGAGACACAGAAAAUGAAGGCAGCUCACGUUAUUUCAGACUGCACCUGCUGAAGCACAAGACCAGCCAGGCAUGUUUAAAGUCUAGAAAAUAUUAAAAUCCCCUGAGUCACACCAAGCAAGGCAGCAGAGCCACUUUCAGAAGCUCGCUGUGUUAGAAAAAGCAAUAAAGACGUUCAAAGCACAAUCUGAAACGCUAGCCGUUGAUGAGCAUUUUGAAAAAUGGAACGAGAUUCCGUGAGUCUUUUGAGAUGGAGGAGAGAUUCAUGGUGCUUGAUUUCUAGGGCAAAAACAGAUCAGGUAUAAUAGAUAUUACCUGUCAGUUCACCUGCAAGAACGUGUGCUUUAGGCUUUGCACGGAGAAAAGCCUCCUUUAGUUCUUUAAAAACAUGCCCGUCGGUGAAUACUGCUUACCUGUAGAUUCAAUAAUACUGGGGGCCGCAGAAAAGGGGGGUUUGAAAACUAAGCAUGCUUCCAUGCAGAAUUUCUGACCCAGGCAUUCAUUUGUUCUCUUUUUCAACCCCUCCAGAAGAUAGAAUUGUCUUUCCUAGAUAUUUUCCAGGGUGUACAUUCAUGAUAUUCAGUGGGAAUGUCGAGGAGCACAGAUAUGAGGCAGGCUGACUGGGUCGGGGGUCG